AUGUGGACUAUGACCUCUGGCUUUUCGGGGCGGUCGCUCCGGAUGGCCAUCACCCUCACCGCCGUUAUGGGUUUCUCUCUCUUCGGUUACAACCAGGGUAUGAUGUCUGGUAUCAUCGCUGGUACGGAAUUCGUCAAGUCCUUCCCCGUCCUGGCCAUGCCCGACAACCCGACCGAUGCGGAGAACCGACAUAUCAACGUGCUCCGUGGUGCCGUCACCGCCUGUUACGAGAUCGGAUGUUUCCUCGGCGCCCUCUUCUCCAUGUUCUUCGGUGACAAGAUCGGUCGUACUCGUCUCAUCAUGAUGGGUGCCGCUAUCCUGAUCCUCGGUGCCCUCAUUUCCGCCGUCUCCUUCGGUGACCACUGGGGUCUGGGUCAGUUCGUCAUCGGUCGUGUCACCUCCGGUGUUGGUAACGGCCUGAACACCGCUACCAUCCCCGUCUGGCAGUCCGAGUGCUCCAGCGCCCACAACCGUGGUUUCCUCGUCUGCUUCGAGGGUGCCGUCAUCGCCGUCGGCACCUUCGUCGCCUACUGGGUCGUCUUCGGUCUCUCCUACGUCGACCAAGACGUGCAGUGGCGAUUCCCCGUCGCCCUGCAGAUCCUCUUCGCCAUCUUCGUCCUCAUCGGUGCCACCAUGUUCCCCGAGUCCCCUCGCUGGAUGGUGAUGCGCGGCUUCGACAAGGAGGCCUGCGAGGUCAUCGCCAAGCUCAAGGGCUCCUCGCCCGACGCGGAGGAUGUCCUGCACGAUUUCAACUUCAUGAAGGCUGACGUCGAGUCCUCCAAGGCCAGCGAGGCCGGCUGGAGCGCUCUUUUCACCGGCGGCAAGACCCAGGAAUUCCAGCGCAUGAUCCUCGGUUGCUCCGGCCAGUUCUUCCAGCAGUUCACCGGUUGCAACGCUGCCAUCUACUACUCUACCCUGCUGUUCGAGGACAACCUCGGCCUGGCGCAUCGUCUGGCCUUGAUUAUGGGUGGUGUUUUCGCUACCGUCUACGCUAUUGCCACCAUCCCCUCGUUCUUUAUGAUUGAGCGUGUCGGUCGUCGCAACCUGUACCUGAUCGGUUACAUGGGCCAGGGUCUCUCGUUCGUCAUCACCUUCGCCUGUUUGAUCAAGGAGACCACCGAGAACUCCAAGGGUGCCAUCGUCGGUAUCUUCCUGUUCAUCGUCUUCUUCGCCUUCACCUUGCUGCCGCUCCCCUGGAUCUACCCCCCCGAGAUCAACCCCCUGCGUACCCGUACCGCUGCCUGCGCCGCCUCCACCUGCACCAACUGGGUCUGCAACUUCGCCGUCGUCAUGUUCACUCCCCUCUUCGCCGCCACCAGUCCCUGGGGUGUCUACCUCUUCUUCGCCCUCAUCAACUUCAGCGCCGUGCCCUUCAGUUGGUACUUCUUGGUCGAGACGGCCGGUCGUGAGCUCGAGGAGAUCGAUAUCAUCUACGCCCGUGCCCACAUCGAGGGCAAGCGCGCCCAUAGAAUUGCCAGCGAUAUGCCUAAGCUCACCUUCGAGGAGAUCGCCCAGCAGUCUCGUGAACUCGGCCUGGACAACAGCGACCACCACGGUCACACCACCGAGAAGGCCGAGCUUGGUCUCAGCAGCGGCAGCGGCAGCGGCCAGGACCUCCAGGAGGUUGAGGAGAAGCGCUAA